AUGACUCCCAAUGCAAACCAUGUCGAUGAAGAUCGAAAUGCAAACGCAGAAGCACAGAGCCAUGCUAUUGAUUGGAUCCCAAAAACUGAAGGGUGCAACAUUGUGACAAGACUGGGAAAUGGGGUUCUGUCCCCGGUUACAUACUAUCCUAGCAAUGGCGGUUUGGUGCGUGGGAAUUUAAGCGCAAGGAACGAAGGGGUGUCGAGGAAGAAAGCAAGCAAGAGGUUGAGUGAGAUGUGGUGCAACCUCCCACAUAAUGAGAAGAAGGUGCUUGAGAACAUGGCUUUCAAAGAUAAUACGAGGUACCAGAGGCAAUGCUUCCUGCUGAGAAGCCAUGUACGCGACUAA